AUGCCGGACAGCGUUUUUGUUCAAUGCCGCGGUAUCGCCCUCGACGACGCUUUCAAGUCGCGCAUCCACGUGUCGCUGCGCUACGGCGACCUGCCCGCCUCCAGCCGCCUCCGCAUCUGGCGCAACUUUCUGGCCGCCGUCGACCGCGGCUACGAACCUCUAUACCCUGCCCAGUCCUCCCCCGAAAGCCAUCUGGAUUUCCAUGAUCUGGCGCAGCUGGUCAAAAUCCAGCUUCCGCCUCUUGUGAGCCGCGAGGCUCUUUGCCGUCCGGACGAAGUUAUUGAUCUGCCGACCGUUGAUCUGUAA